AUGCAAGAAACUGCGACAUAUUUAUAUAUUUCUCAACUUCAAUCUCUAAACACUUUUUACACCAAUCUUAUAAAGAAGAAACAAAUGGAUAUUAAUUUUCAACAAAAUCAACAAACAAUAAGCAUACGUGAACAAAAUGGCGCAAAUAGUAGAUUGCGUAGCAUACAAAGUGAUUGUGUUGAUUUGUAUUACUAUUGGCUUAAUGAAUUGUUGUGCAUGGAAAUUCCGUACGACAAAUGCGCCUUUGCAUUACAUCAAUUAAUGACUGGCAAUUGUCACUGGUUUCUUGCCAAGUAUGGACAUAUGAGAUUGAGAGCAUCAAUAAACUAUUCAAAUUCAAAGAUUCAUUAUGAUCAAGCAAUUAUAUCAUAUCAAAUCAGCAUUGAUUUAAUUGAAAAUAAUCUUCCGAAGUAUAACAAAUUUUACCUCUUCAUAGUUCAUCGAUUUAUGAAACUUAUUUUGGAUGCGACAAAUGCGACAGAAAUGUUCAAAUUAGACAAUUAA